AAUUCCCCAUCCCCAGCCAUGGCGUCCACAUCCGUCGUCACCCUCAACGUCGGCGGCGAGCUCUUCCAGACCACCGCGGCCACCCUCUCCCGCGCCGGCGCAUCCUCCCCGCUCGCCUCCCUCGCCCCUUCGCCCCCAACCACGCCACACUUCCUCGAUCGCGACCCGCGCCUCUUCGCCCUCAUCCUCUCCUUCCUCCGCUGCGGCCGCCUCGCGUCCCCUCCUCCCUCUCCGGCCCUCCUCGCCGAGGCGCGGCACUUCGCACUCGACGGCGCCCUCCUCGCCUCCCUUUCCCCCGCGUCCGCCUUCUCCCCCCUCUCCCUGCGCCCCGCCGCCCUCCUCCCCCUAACCGGCCGCGUCGCUCCCUCCGCAGUGGCCAUCUCCCCCUCCCCGACCACAGCCUCCCUCUUCGCCGCGCACGGCGGGGUUGUUACCAGCUUCGACGCCGCGCUCGCCUCCCGCACCAGCGUCCUCACGCCGCUCCCCGCCGUCGACUCGCUCGUCGCGGUGUCCCCAACCCUCGCCCUCGCUGGCGCGCGCGACUUCCCCGGCGUCCACCUCUGCCGGUUCCCGGGAGACGCCCCGGCCACAGCUUCAGAAGCGCUUUCUUGGCCGGACUCGCCUUCUGCCUCCGUGCUCUCCCUCGCCGCCUCAGAAGCGGCGCCACAGUGGCUCUUCGCCAGCUUCGAGUCAGCGCGGCGGAACUCGAGCGCCGUCGUGGCGUUCGAUCUGAACUCCCUCACACCCGUGGCCGAAAUCGGGCGGAAGGAGGUGUUCGGCGCGGACGUGGAGGCGGCGAUACCGCCGACCAAGCUCGGAUGGCUUGCCGGGCACAGUCUCUUGCUCGCCGCCGGGUCACACUCUGGGCCGGCUGGAAUGGUGGGCGACAUACGCCUGUGGGAUGUCCGGGCGAGCGCCACGGUGCCGGUGUGGGAGGUCAGGGAGAAGGAGGACUGCUUCGCAGACGUUGCUGCGUCAGACUCGCUGUCGGCGUUGUUUAAGGUGGGGGCUGCGUCCGGUGAGGUUUUCAUGGCUGACUUGAGGAGACUUGGUGGUGAUGGCAUUGGCGUCGAGCCCUGGGUGUGCAUCGGGGACGAGAAAAGGGCGAGUGCAGCUGCAGCAUCUCGCAGAAAGGAUGGGAACAAUUGUAGGGUUGAGUGCUACCGCGAUUGGGUGUUUGUGGCGCGCGGGGCAGAUGUUGAGGUUUGGUCACAGGUGGAGUUGACGUCGGAGGCUGGUAAGAAGAAGGCGAUGAGGAGGAACUGGGUAGGGAAUGGGCCAUCCAUGAGUACUGCAGGCAGCCUGGAGGGGGUGAUGGAGAAGGCAAAGAUCGUCAGCUGGGCCUUUGGAGGCAGCAGGAUGGCAUUGGCUAGAGUCGAUCAGCGGUCUAUCGAGGUGUGGGAUAGUGCUUCAGGUGCAACGUCAGUGCAACUCUGAAUAAAGGAACAAGACUAUACAAACAUCUUUUCAUCCUGCCUUUGCAGAUCUUCAGGUUCUAGUUCCCUACCUAUUGUGCUGCAAUCAGAUGAUUUCUUAAUGUCUAUUGCUGAAUCCUCCGACAUUACUAUCUCAUUUCUGAAUUCUAUUGGAGUUGUAAGGUUGACAAAAAAGUUGAGAAGUUUCAUGUUGAGAGAAGAGCUGCUUCAAACUUCGUAGGAUAAUUCUCAUAUAUGUACGGAGUACUAU